AUGACAAAAUUCAUCUCAGUCAACAAGUACAUGUCAGGACUUAAAGAAGAACUAGACCCAUUCACAUAUUUGAAUGUUUACUUCUACCAUUUUGAAAAGUCUACAUUUGACAAAGUUUGGAACAUCGAACCAGUUAAGUUUGCUAUUGUGACUAAAAAUGGUGCGAAAUUUGAAGACUUAGACAUAGAAGGUUUGUUAACAGUCAAAAAAAGUUUUGACAGAAGGUUCUCAAGCCUUAAAGAAGGCAAAGCAUACAAACUUGUUAUACCUUAUGAACCAAAGAAAGCAGACGACUAUGAAUAUUAUGAGUCUAAGAUAGUUGAAGUUCAAGGUAA